GCCUGCGUGCGUGCUUGUGUGUGUGUGUGUCUUUGUGAGGACCAAAAAACUUAAAAAAAAACAUAGGGAGAGGAAAGUGAGGACAUUUUGGCUCCCUAAAAUAGCUUUUUGAGGGUUAAGACUUGGUUUUAGGCUUAGGUUAAGGGCAUUUAGUUGUGAUAGUUAAGGUUAGGGUAAGGUGAUAGGGAAUGCAGUGUCCUCACUAAGAACGCUGUACAAGAAUGUGUGUGUGUGUUUCUAAUGAAAUUUGAUCUCAACGUGGGAGAGAGCGAGGGACACCCCCCUUGUGGUGCCUGUAAUCGAGCGCCGAGCUUCACGAUCGGCACCUUCGCAAUUAUGCACGGUUCUUGUCGGACUGGAAUCCUCGUAAACACCGCAAACCUGACAAAGACUCGGAGCAGCAGCUCGUCAGCGUGUGCUUGUGUGUGUGAGAGUGAGUGAGUGAGUGAGGGAGCGGAGGCGGCGACGGCGACGAGCUAUGUUUUAUCACCCAUCUCACCCAAAAAAAUGACUCGACAUGGCUGUGGCUUUGACACAACACACACGGCUGUGCACGCGACCGUGGGAAUCAUAAGCAGCUGAGAGAGAGUGAGGCGCAAACCUCGCCAUCUCGAUGAAAGUCGUAAGUUGGGUUGGAUGGCCAUGGACCCAUUCAGCCAGCUUAUCCUCACUAUCUCAGUGACCAGUUUCUUCACCUUCCAAUGGCUCUUCCACAAGGUCAGUCCCUGGAUGUCCAUGCGCAUCAGCCCAGGCUUCGUUGGCCUCAGUGACAAGCAGAAGGUGGAAUGGAACUCAAGGACAGUGUCAACGUUUCACGCACUGUUGGUGGGACUCUUCUGCCUCUACAUCUUGUGGUUCGAUGACCCCGUCAAUGAAGACCCAGUCUGGGGAGAUCCUACACUGGUGAAGACUAAUGUUGCCAUCACAACAGGCUACCUCAUAUCUGAUCUGCUGCUAAUAUUUUACUAUUGGAAGGCGAUAGGCGACAAGUUUUUUGUAGUUCACCAUCUGGCAGCGUUGUAUGCUUACUACUAUGUACUGGGCCAAGGAAUGUUGCCUUAUUUUGCUAACUUCCGUCUGCUCGCUGAGUUUUCUACACCGUGUGUGAACCAGCGCUGGUUCUUUGAGGUACUUGGUUAUCCCAAAUCCUCCCGGCCCAACAUGGCAAAUGGCGUUGCCAUGGCUUUAGUCUUUUUCAUGGUCCGCAUCGCCGUCAUGCCAGUCUACUACAGUCGUAUGUAUGCAGUCUAUGGCACUGAGGCCUUCUACCUUGUGCCGUGGGGUGGCCGCGUAGCUUGGAUCGGCUCCAGUAUCUGCUUGGACAUCAUGAACGUUAUGUGGAUGCAUAAGAUUGCCCGAGGCUGCUACAGGGUGUUGCGCUCGGCUCAGCGGAGUAAAGCCAGCGCACCUCAGGAGAACGGGAAGACGGAUUAAGGGAACCAGGGUGUUAGCGGCGAGCAAAUGCCACAACAGGGAUGAAAUGACGUCACAGUUUGGACCCUUACAUGUCGAGCUUCUUCAGUAGUGGCACAUCUGGAACUUGUGACAUUACUGGGCUGAAUGUGAUGAGGGAAAUGACGGAGUUCACUAAGAUGCAGUGAUGGACCGUUUAACCGGCCAUCCAUAAGCCAUGAAAUGACGUCUUAGCAAUACUCUGUGUGCAUGGCCACUUCUUCUUCUUUUUUUUUUCCCCCUCUCCUCUCAAACAAUUUACAACGACGCAAACAGAAGUCGUCCUGGGAUAAUGGACUGUUAGCCCGACCACAAGUUGUCAAAAAAAAGUUUACCGUUCUUUACAUAUUUAUUGCUCAAUACAAGAAUGAACGCUUUGCAUUUGCGUUGACGAUGGAAGCAAAGAUUUAGAGGAACCUUGACGAACACUUUACACAUUAUUGGUCCGUGCCAUAAAAUCAUUGUGCACUGCCUCAUGGAGGUGAAGAGUCUAGCAUCUUUUUUUUUUUCUUUCUUUUCUUCAUGCUUCUUAAAAAUCCAAAUACCUGAUUCAGAUUUGUAAUGUAAUCGCCAAAAAUGAACAUCACUCAUUUAUGUCAAUCAGUCGUUCAUUUAAAAACCAGCCUUUAAUGUGAAUUAAUGUCGCAGUUGAAUGAUAAAUCAACAAAUGUAGGGUUGAAGGGCAUUGGCACCAUGUAUGUAGUGCAUUUCUUUGGUCUUGCAGGGAUACAUAUGGCACAAAUGGUUCAAGGACAUAAUGUACUGGCUACAUAAAGUGCUAAAAGGGAAACUGAAUGUCUAUACUGUGUUUUUACUCUGAUACUGAGGAGUGCAAGAAGUCAUUUUUCUAAAAGAAAAGGGAGUCCACAGUCAAAUCUGACUGUAUACAAGUAGAUUUUUUCACCGAACGCAAACAGAAAGGUUUUAUUUAUAUGAACAAGAAUGUGUCGUUAAAGAGCCGAUCUGAGAGUCUGCGUUAUAUUUAUUAUCAUGCAUUGUAUGUUAAAAUAGAUGAACCCAGUGUUCCAUUAAUCAGAUGCUUUUAUUAUAUUCACUUCACUUCCUGUUUCUUAUAUGCUUUAGGCACAAGAAAGGUUUGUUUUAUCACAGACAACGUUUGCCAACGAGCUGCAUGCUUCGGUGUCCCCCAGUUGAUUUCUGCAGAUUUAAGUUUGGUGUAAAAUCACAAACAAUAACCAGUGUUUCAUAUGUCAAAUAUGUUAUAAUUGUUCAGGAGCAUUGGCAUAAAAAAAUAGCUUCUGGCUUAUGUUGUGUUAUGAUAUACAAUCAGCUUUCAUGAUUGCCAUGUGUCUGUUUUUGAAGCGUUUUCUACCAUUAUAGAAAGUGAACACAUGGAACAACUGCGCUCAAAGGUAUUAAGGGUUCAUGUCUCAUUUGUUCAAAUGAAUAGUUAGGAUUCACAGAUGAUUUACGAAAACAAAACCUACUUGAAUUUUCACUGUCGGUGUAUCGUUUUUACUCGCUGUACAUCAAAUGCUGUCACAGAAACAGGGAUUGCUAGUUUGCCUUGCUGUGUGUUUGAAAGAUUUGAUUUUGUUGCCUUUGUAAAAACAAACUGUAACUGCACAGUGAAUCUUUUGUGACUCGAGUCCUCACUGCACUGUGAUCUAACUGUGUUUUCCAUUUCCAAUGUGAUUGUUUUGGAGGGUUUUUUUUUUUUGCCUUUGUACCAGAUCAGUUUCAAAUGUAAAACCAAGAGGCUUUUAAUGACUGCCAGUUUCAAUGCUUUUACUUUGGUUCCACAUUUAAAAGCUUAAAAACAAUAUGUAUGUAUACAUGCCAGUGCUCGAGCCAUUACUUGUCCAUUCUAGAAAAAUGUGUUUUGUUUUGUUUUUAAAUUCUUUUAAUAAUAAUAAUCAGUGCCAACAUGUUUUAUUGGUUCACAUCAGCUCUGGUUCAAGUGACCCAUUUCUAAUCUUUUCCCUCCCUUGUGGCUUAAAUCAGAUAUGAUUCACUGAUUCAGAUGACGUCAGAUCCGUUUCUCGAGGUGACAAGAACAAGAACAAAGUUAAAGUUAAUUCUGCAGAAACUCCUCGGACGUUAAUCACGUCCACUUCAAAUUUCUGGCCACUCACACAACAGUUGUCAGACACCACACAAGAAAAAAAAAGUUCUGCCCAGAUGAAGCUGCAAGAACUCCCAUACCUGGCCUUUAUUCUUGUGUGAAUUUGCAUUUACAAUGUAAGCCCUUUUAAGUCUAUUAAGCAAGGAUUUCUAAAAUCUCAAAAUAACGCCAUUUUCACUUUUCCUUUUUUUUGGCCUAUUAUUCGUUUUCUAGUCAGUAGCCCCGCCCUCCAUGUAGUUAGUGCCCCCAAAGGUUAACCUGUGAUAUCAGAUAUGGGUCACUUUUGAAAGACGAUGUAAGCAGGCCUUCCAAAUUAAUCACACAUUGGCAUCAUAUCACAAUUGAGCCUCAAGCUCUGCAGUGUAAAUGCAGCCAUGUUAACUUUUCUUUGAAUUACACCAUCAAACCUGUGUGUUUGGGUCAGGAUGAUGUAAAGUUAUUGUGCGUGUGUGUGUGUGUGUAUAUCAUGUACAUUACAUAUCACUCACUCGCAUCUUAGAAGACAGGAAGUGGUGUCUGUCCGUGUUUCACUGAAUGUUAAUUGGAAAUCAAGCAGUUUUUUUGUUUGUUUUUUUUGUGGACAGCAUCAGACGACCACUCCUGGUCAGUUAGGUGAAGAUCUGUAUGCAUCAUGGAGCAUGGUCCAAAUGGUCUUCACACAUUCUGUAUAACUGCAUGUCCUGUUGCAUGGGGAUUGCACUGUAAACGACAACAACUACAACAACAAAAAAAGCAUAUACAAAUUGUGUUCUUUUCCUUAGUACAUGUACAUAAUGUUUAUUUAAACUUUAUUCUUCUACUGUGUCACCUAAUGUAAUCCAGAGAUGAUGAUGAUGAUGUUAUAAGGAGAACAUUUUAAAGCGGAUAUUUAGUACAAUCUCCAGCACUGAGGUAAUCAGUAAGAGAAUACUUGAAUACUAAUCAACACAGUUUUUAACAACCUGGGCAGUGCAAAUAAACAUUAAUACUAUGA